GACACACGUAUACGGAAGGCAUGUCCAACGAAUCCACCGCGUGAAAGUUAGGAGAGAAGAGUAAACAUUGUCAAAGUAAUGAUGGCUGAGAGCGGUGAAGCGAACGGGAAAGAUGAACAGGGCGGAGGUAAAGAAGGAGAAAGUGCAGAAGAUGGAGGUUUGAGUGAUGCUCAGAGAGAGGUGCUGGAGAGGUGUCUUCAUGCGCUCAAACACGCCAAGAAUGACAGCCACACACUGGCUGCACUUCUGCUGAUCACUCGUCUGUGUCCUGCAAGCCAGUUGGACCAGUCCACUCUGAGGCGUAUUUUCGAAGCAGUCGGUUUGAAUCUUCCGGCUCGGCUCCUGGUCACAGCCAUCAGAGGCAGCAGUGAGAGCUCAGGUCUAGCCCCAAAUGAGCUCCUCUCCCUGGGCACCGCUCUCCUGGCCGCCCUGAGCACUGAUCCGGACAUGGCUUACAAACCACAACUCCUCACCACUAUCCCCAUUCUACUACAAAUACUCUCCAAUGGACUAAACCAGCAAAAGCAAGAAAAUGGCAAUCAGGCGGGAGAAGCUAAGGGAAGUCUGAAAAGCCAAAAUUCAGAAAGCAGUUUAGCAAAAAAUGAGCAAAAUGGAGAUGACACCAGCACACAAAAUGGUCAGUCUACAACUCAGUCUUACUCCAAAAUAGACGAAGCUAUUGCUGCAGACUGCUACCAAGUUUUAUAUUCAGUUUGUGCAUUACCGCUUGGUCCAGAACAGCUUUUGAACCGAGGGGCUGUUCGUGCAUUGUGCCUGGCUAUAGAGCAAAACCAGAUUUUAAGCUGUGAGAAGGGGACUCCUCUUUUGGGAUGCCUGCUUUCUGGAAAAACAAAAGAAAAAGCAUGGAACAAGAAUCCAAAUGAACUGUUUCGCUUAUUCACAAAGCUGACAAAAGACUUCACACAAGCUUCAGAGAAAGAUCAACUAGAAAUGUGCACGAAAUUGGUUCAGUUUUUGCCUCCAGUCGGAUCAAAUCUAGAAAAUGAGAAACUAAAAGAUGUCAUUAGCCAGAUAUGGGGAGUUCUAAGGCCGAUGUUGCAGUCUAAGUUGACACCGAAACAGAUAGGUCCAGUUUUGGUGCUGGGGGCUUGCCUUUUAGAUGUCUGUGGAUGGGAACCAGUGGGACCGCCGAAGUUGUGCUGUUUGUUGGUGAAUCGCGCUUGUGUGGAGGUCAGGAUGGGCCUUGAGGAACCACCAGGACAGCAGCUCAGUCCUGAGACACAGCACACACUCACAGGCUGUUACCGCAUCAUGGAGGCCGCCAUGGAGAAGGCCUGUGUCACAGGGGCUGCGCCCUCAGCACAGAGCUCUGUCUCUGGGCUCAGUCUGCAACAGAGCAGGCAGGUCCUGGGGGUCCUGCAGGAAGCCUUCUCUGCUGUGGUCUACCACCUACAACAGGUGGAUCAGAGUCGCUAUGGAGACCCCUUUAUUUUCGCUACUUUCCGCUCGCUGUGCUCUUGGUUGGCCGAGGAGACUUCCUGCUUGAAGGAGGAAGUGAUCGCCCUGUUGCCCUUUCUGAUUGGCUACUGCAGAAGUCACAUGAGUAAUGACGGAGAGCAAAUGGGGCUCUCUGAUUGGAUGGACCAGAUGUCUGUCAGUGGAGAGCGAGUGGGCUGGACUGGGAAGGAACCACUGAGGUAUCUGCUCCCGGCUCUGUGCCACCUCUCGGCUGAGGACAUACCCAGGAGGGAGCUCCUCUCCCUGGACACGCCUCAGCUCCUCGUGGGGUUUCUGUCUGAGUCCUGGACCUCUAUGAAGGAACAGAGUCCACCUCAGAGGGACUCCAGUCUGGAGACUGCCUGCUCUGCACUGCUCAACUUCACCAUCACAGAGCCCCAGAGAGUCAGGAGUGACCCCUGCUUCCGGGUGUUGGAGACCCUGUUGAGUGACACUCUUCCUGUUUUGAUGCAUAAACCGAGUCUUUUGGUUUUAGCUGCAAACAUCUGCACUCUGGGUCUGAUGCUCGGACGACUCAGGACUAAAACCGACUCUGUGGACUCUUCUCACCACCGCCUGCUCUCUUACUCGCUCCGGUUCCUCAGCGGGACACUGACCCCUGGCUCUGCCUCAACUCCAGCUACGGUGAGCCCUGCCUGGGAUCACUGCUGGGAUGAGGUGGCCGAGCUCUGGAGGCUCUCUGUCCAGGCUUUGGGCAGCUGUGUGCGGACUCAACCAUGGAUCAUUUCCUUAAUCAGAGAUGAAGGCUGGUUAAAACAUGUACUCACCACUUUAGGACAGUCUACCGCCCCGCCUGACGAAGAUACCCAAAACGCCCUAGAGGAGGCGUUGUGUGCUUUGGCUGACCAGUGUCUGCUUUGUAAACAGGAAAUAAAUGCUGCGAUGCAGAGCGACAAAGGAGGGUUGAGCUGCUUGACCAGUUUGAAACGACUAGCAGCCUCUAAAUAAUCACACAUAUGUAUUAAAAGCAUUCAGACACAAAAGUCAUUUCUACAUUUGUAAAACCAGCAAACAUGACAAGGAUUAUCUAUGAAUCUGUUUAUUUAAAUGUGAAAAUAAUGCAUUUAAUAAAGAUAAAAAUGGGUCAGAAACAAGGGCCUUUUAAAGCA